AUGGAACGUACUCUUGUUUUGAGUGGAAUGCAUCCGGAACCAAAGCUUCUUGAGUGGAGAGAGGAGGGAUUGCAGCCACCCCAUUUGGUGAAGUGGGUGUGGCUCAUGCAGUCCACCUGUUCCUCUAGGGUGCCUUACAAGAGUGAAGACAAUACUCACUCACCCAGGAAUGUUUUGCUCACUCACCUUCAACACAAACGAAUUCAGAAGGAUCGCAGAAUCUGGAAUGAGAUGGAGAUGAAGGAUGAGAGAGGCAGGGCUAGAGUUGAGGCAGUUCUUGAGCUCAUCAGGAAACAAACCCCGCUCACUGUUAAACAGAAGAAGUUCUGCAACAAUGCUUGCGUGGAACGAUUUCUAAAAGCAAAGGGGGAUAACGUGAAAAGAGCUGCCAAGCAACUCAGGGCUUGCCUUUCUUGGAGAGAGAGCAUAGGCGCCGAUCAUUUGAUGGCAGAUGAGUUUUCAGAUGAACUGGCUGAUGGGUUGGCGUACGUGGCUGGUCAAGACGAUGAGUCCAGACCUGUUUCUGCAAAAGCCUUGUUUAAGUGUGAGUUAAUAAUAGCAAGGAGUUGUAUUGGGGUAACAGAUUUUGCGGAUGAAGAAAGAGCACCAGAAGUUUCAUUCCCAGAAAAUGUAAGUCCGGAAACAGAAGAGAAGAAUCGUUUUCAGCCUUUUGUUUUAUUAAUGUCAUCAUCUGCACUGCACUGCAGCAGCUACUGCAGUGGAGCUAAACUGCGGUUGGUUUCUUCUCUCUCAAGGUUCACUCGUUUGUUGGUCUUCACAAUGGAGGUGGCUGUUUCGACCAUGCCAAAAUACGUACAACAAUUUGUCAUGCUUUUCGAUGCGAGCUUUUACAAGUCUUCAUCUGCUUUCAUGAACUUACUAAUGGGAGCACUGAAGAUAACGGGGGAGUACUAUCCUGGGCGGCUACAUAAAGCGUUUAUCAUAGACCCUCCCUCGCUCUUUCCUUACUUUUGGAAGGGUGUGGGGGCAUUCGUGGAGCUAUCAGCAGUGACCAACGUGGUAUCAACGAUGGAUUUGGAUGAUGACGAUGACGAUGAAGCAUCAGCGGACAUAAUUGGAGGAAGGGGCUUAUGCUCCUCGUCGCGCUUUGCCUUCACGGUGUCCCAUCACGUUGACUCCCUCAAGCCUUGGUAUCUCACCCUGUCGGAUACGUCAGCCUCGAGGAAGACUCCGGUGCCGCCGCAGCGCACUCCGCGGCCGUCGUUUCUGCAAUCGCCGGCGGGAAUCCUUUUCCGGCGCUGUGAUAGGGUGUCUCGGGAAUCUUUCUUCCCGUUAUGGAAGUUAUACAAAAGGCCAUACGACGAAAUGGUUUACAGGUCAAAGAUGAAGGCCCCACUGGGAGGACACAUUAGACGACGCCACAUUUCACUUUCUCAACGUUUCUGA